UUCCUCCCACUUAUCGGAAUAGUUACAAUGAUGGAGAAAACUAUUUUCCAUGAGAUACUUUCAUUAGGCUAUAUACACUGAAAUCUCAGCCCAAUAAGGAACUUGAACACCGGAAGUGAUCCACCGGUGUAUGCUACGGGAUUUGGAUUUGAGCGAUAGCAACGCGUCUGCCUCCUGGCAAAGUCGCGGAGUGGACACUGCACGGCCAACGCACUGGCAGUUUCGCAAGCGUGUCGCAGGCUGCAGCGUCCCCGGUUAAAAUGACUUGGUUUUCUGUCUGCAGUUUUCAGAUUGCUACUGCGACAUGAAGGGAUUUAACCAAAAAAGGAUGGGAACAUAAUCCAUGUUCUAUAAACAACGCGGCGAGGUUUUGUUUUUCGUGUCUCAGAUAAUAGCAAGAUGGACUAUCGACGAAAGAAGAAACUCACAUUUUUUACAAUAGGAUUAAUCUUCCUUUUCAGUGGAAUAGAAUACGCGGUGAUCUUGCCCACCAUAUGGAGGUACCUGCAGACGCUGGGCGCAGCGCCCUACUUCCUGGGUCUGGGCCUGUCCGCCUUCAGCCUCAGCGGACUCCUCUCCGGGCCGCUCUUCGGCCUGUGGUCCGACCGCACGCGCACCACCAAGAAGAUCAUUCUCAUCGCCAACCUCUUUGAGAUCGUUGGCAAUUUUAUGUACUUCAUGGGUUAUUCCAAAUGGCUAUUGCUGGCAAGUCGACUGACUGCAGGCAUUGGCACGGGCGCCGGCUCGUCCAUCUUCGGCUUCCUGACGCGCAGCACGGCUCCAGAGGACCGCUCCACUGUGUUCGCCGCCGUCAUGGCCUGCCGGCAGGCUGGGCUGCUCAUUGGUCCAGCCUUCAACCUCUUCCUCCGGCUCUUUGACUUCCAGAUGGGUCCGUUUGUGGUCAAUAAGUACACAUCACCAGGGCUCUUCAUGUGCUUCAUGUGGAUCCUGCUCCAAGUGGCGGUGAUGCUGAUGUACUGGGACAUCCCCCCCCAGGAGGAGCCCCUCCCCAGGGAGGCGCGGGCCGUGGAGGAGGAGGAGGAGGGUGGGGACGAAGAGGGGAAGCCGCUGGUGGCCCACGAGUCUCUGGGCUCCUACGGAACCGUGCCCACGGAGCCCAUCACGCCGCUGGCCAACGGAACCGUUCCUCACGGACCUCGGCCUGACUCACCUGAGCCGGAACCAGAACCGGCCGGAGGCAGCCCGCUCAAGGCCCUGAGCGCCAGCAGAGAGUUCCUGAAGGAGGAAGUGGUGGUGUUGCUGACCGCGCAGUUCAUCACACUGUUCAACCAGACUGCACUAGAGACGAUGGUGACCCCUCUGACGCAGAAGUACUUUAACUUCGGUGAGCUGGAGAACAGCAUCAUGUACUGCGUGUGUGGCGUGGAGGUGAUCCUGGGCUUCUUCUUCGUGCGCUGGCUCAGCAAGAGGGCGCAGGAGCGGGUGGUGCUGGCCGUCGGCCUCAUCAUCUGCAACGUCUCCUGCGUCUGGUGCCUCAUCUUCCUCGCCAACCCCGCAGGAAGCCUCCCGUGGCAGCUGGCGGAGUUCAUAGUGGGAGUGUUCCUGCAGGUGCUGGGCCUUCCCUUCGUGGCCGUGGCCCAGGUCUCCCUCUUCUCUAAGGUCACCGCCGAGAAGACACAAGGGUUCAGUCAGGGGGUGCGGCGCUCCGUGGGGGGGCUGGCCACCAUCCUGGGUCCCCUGUGGGCAGGAGGCCUGACCAACAACCUCUACGUGAUGCUGGGAGUGAUGAUGGCACUGCUGGUCCUGCUCACAAUCAUGAUGUUCAUCUCCUAUGAGAAGCUGGUGGAGCCGCCUGUGGUUGAGCACGCAGACAGCUACGAGGACUGAGCCAAGCACAGAGGAAACAGGAGGUUGCAGUGGUCAUGAGGUUGAGGUGUGUGUGGCUGUAUGUCCAGUGUGUGACGGCGUUCACGCACGUGUUUUGGUAUGUUGACCCAAUUGGACCUCCUCUCACACCUCGUCACCUGUACCUCAUAGAGGCAUCCUGGAGGACUUGCCCCAACACACACACACACACACACACACACACACACACACACACACACACACAGGUCCAAAUCACACAGAACCCAUGGCUGGGCCUCUGUUAUGUUUCCUGUGGAAAUGAAUGGGGGUUAGGGGCAGAGUGUGCAGUCAGUAGAAGCUGGAGGACAAUUAUUCAGGCAUCGAUGUGUGGCACAUGUUAGCUGGUCACUGAAUGUACUGAUCUAUGGAUCCAGGGAAAUGCAACAAUUAGUGGUCUACGACGUCCUUGAGUAGCUGUUUUAAACAUGCAGUACCCCUUGUGGUCACUAGGGGGUGCUGUCGUCCUUCUAGAGGCUGUAGGUGAGCACCACUGACCUUUUGUCUGACGUAGCACUGCACAUCACCUCCCUGUCUUCCUGUGUUUCACCAAAGACUGCUGGCUGCUUGUUUUGUUGUUUAAUUGUUUUGACUCACUGCUUGUUAUUGUUACGUGUCAAAAGAACAAGUUGUUGAAUUUGGAGAUAUUUUGAGUAAGCAAUUUGUGUUGCUUCUUUUUCUAACAAUACUGGAAUCACAUUUUUGCUUAAGAGCUUAACCAAUUGUUAAAUGUUUUGGAAUAUUUAUUUAUUUAUUUAUAACUCAGUGAGCAACUUGUGUGCUGUACAAAAGUCAGUGAAACAUGUUGUUUGUUUUAAAAAGCAAUAUAUUAAAAAAUGAAAACAUAUUCUCAUCGUAUAAAAUAAAGCACAUAUUAUUAGUGAUCAUCCUAUUCUCCUUUUCAUCUGCCCUUUCACAAACAAGGUCAUUAUUUUGUUGUGCAGUCGCUCUAAUAUAUCAUAUUCUAUUUGAAAAAGACACAAUAUUUUUGUUUAAAGUGUGAAGCAUUUGGCAACUUUGAUUUACUACAGGUGUAAAAAUGCUUCACUAUUGUUUUUUAUGCUGCUGGAUAGCCUUGAGGCUUUGAAAGUGCUGAACAAAUAAUUUGUCAUUAGUAUUUUUUUAAAGAAAAUGUCAUGGAUUUAUAUGUUUAGCGUUCAACCGCUUGUAGCAUCUCUGAAAUAUGAACUGGCUGCAAUACAAUGCGUGAAAUCCGAAAAUGAAUUAUUUUUACACAUAUAUUUUUGCACACUACUUACUCAGUAACACAGUAACAUAUUACUAAAUACAGGCGCCUGAUGUACUGCAUAAUUCAUUCCAGUUUUGUUUCUGCAACUUGCUGUGAUAAAACGGUUAACGGUUCACGGCCAUUAACUACUCAGUCAAAAAUAUUUAUUCUCUAAAUAUUCAAUUAAGGAUGUUUCUAUCUCAGUGAUUUGCAGAGGGAAUAAUUAUAGUUUUGUUAUGUAAUAAUCUUUUUUUUAAUUUUUUUAAAAAGAUCUUAUUCGAAUAACAUGUUUCCUAGAAAG